AUGGCGAAUACCGCUCAAUGCUACUAUUGCUUUGAGUCUCUCUUGGCUUCAUUCGAGAACCGCGAGCCCACCACUCUGGAAGCCGUAGAGGCCCUAUGGGAACAGCACGAGCAAACUAAGAAGCUGUCGAGUCUUGAAGAGCAAAUUGAAGAGGAAGACACAAAUCGACAGCAAUCCGUAAGUGAACAGGACGAAGAUGACGAUAGCAACCAAUCGUCCCACUCGAGUAGUCAGCCCAAGCAGCUACAAAUCCCCAGCGUCACUCGUCUUCAGAGCCAAUUUCCCGCCUCUUCCAGUGAAGCCACACCUUCGUCGUCUGCAUCUACACCUUCGUCCAAUUCACUACAGUCAAGCUCAACCAACAUCACCACGCCAAGUACAGCUUCCGAGAACUCCCAGCCGAGAUCAUCUAAUCAGCGGUAUCCGCUGUUCGUGACAUGGAAUACCGUGUCGCGAAGCGGACACAAGUCUCUACGUGGCUGCAUAGGCACAUUUGAGGCGCAGGAACUUGCAGCGGGGUUGAAGUCCUACGCUUUGACCUCUGCCUUCGAUGACACCCGUUUUGAACCCAUUCCCAAAUCCCUUCUCCCCUCACUUUCAUGCUCUCUCACCCUCCUUGGGUCCUUCGAGCCAUGUACAAAUGCUAUGGACUGGUCUCUGGGCACCCACGGACUGCGCAUCUCUUUCAUUCACCGCGGUCGUCGCUAUGGCGCCACAUAUCUCCCUGAUGUCGCUGUCGAGCAGGGCUGGACCAAGGAAGAGACCGUGGAGAGCCUGAUGCGCAAGGCAGGCUGGGAUGGUGGUAGUAGUAGUACUGCACGGAGACUGCUACGCGGUGCAACUGGUGGGAACUCCAACGCCACUAAACCUUGGGACCAGGUUUCGGAUUUCCGUACUGUCAGAUACCAGGGCCUCAAGGCAAGCGCUAGUUAUGCAGAGUGGUGGGAAUGGCGAGAGUGGGUCCUGUCUCUAGAUGGCGGAGAGGAGAUCCUGGCAGGUGCGGAUUGA